UGGAUUUUCUGUCUACGUCGGGUACGUUACCUUCAGCGACCCCAGGGUACCCUAUCAACAUUUGGCGCAUUUUAAGGAUCCUCCCCACCCAAUGGGAGUCACGUCUACCCGUGUGACAGCGAACUGAGACCUACAUCAGAUCAGUCGUCAGCGAGUGGGGCCUGCCAAAGCAUUUUUCACCUUUCUUUUCCACUUUGCCGUGUACUGAACAGGAAGCUCGAGCCUACACCUAAAGUACCUGUGACCUUCUGUGGAAGGGUCACCAAACCAAUGGCUAACCUUUGUUUCUUCCUGCUACUUCUCCUCACUGCUGUAUCCAGGACUACAAGUACCACGUGUGACAUAUCCAUCCCAAUCAACUACAAUGGGACCAUCGAGUCGCCAGGAUUUCCAGAUGAAUACUAUGGGGACCAGAACUGCUCGUACAGUUUGCAGUUCAGUUCUCUGGGCAUCUGGCACAUCAACUUCACCUUCUUUAACCUUCCAAACACAUCAUGUGACACUGACUACUUGGAGGUGGACUAUAAUUUGUCUCAGCAAAGGUAUUGUCACAACUCGCCGCCCCCUAACCUGACAAACAUCUACCAGUUUCGGUUCGUUUCCAGCUUUAACGCGUCCGCAGGCUAUGGGUUCCAGGCUCGUGUGAGCAUGGCGCUAGAAUGUGGAAUGACAGACAUACGUCUCCAAGAAAAUAUUCCAUUAUUCUUGUACUAUAAUUACCUCGAGCCAGUGGAAGGAAGGUGUGAAUGGAGAGUAACGGCAGACCAGGGGCUGUCCAUCAUGAUGAUAGGCAACACAAACUCCAAUGACUACGAGUUCAUAAAAUCGAAAUUUAAAAUUUACAAAGGAACAACCAAAGACCAAAGUUCUUUGAUCAAUUUUCAGACCAAAAACAACGAGUUUGCUGUAGAUGAGGCAUCCAACACCAUACUCAUCGAGUACAUCGCCGACGUCACUUUUUACUUCGAGUUGAGAGUGACGUUCAGGGCGUACAAAGCCUCACAGAACUCAACAUGUGGUUCAGAGAUAUAUGCCGAAAAUGGAGAAGGAGACAUCGGUUUGAUUGCAAAUGAACUUCAAUACAUUGAAGGAAUGUACAGGAACAGAAUCUGCGCGUGGACUAUUGAAGCUGAAGAGAACGAAGUCAUUCAGCUCGUCGUUACAGAGUUUAGAAUCCUAACUGAAAUACCCGGAUGUAACGACUCGGCCCGGAGUUAUCUGGAGAUUUACGAUGGAUCACAAGCAGCCAGCAGCUUACUUGUUCGGUACAAACUUAUAAAAACAUAA